AUGUUACAUUACAGAGUUGUUGAUGCUGCUUUCCUUAAGGUAGUGCCAUAUACUAUGUUAACUGUUGAUGAAAUGGAUGUCAUCGGAUUCGCCGCUGUGUUACAUGACAUGGUUGAUUUCGGGUAUGAUGUAAGCGUCAAGGAAUCAAGCAAUACAUUCUUAACUAUAGUGGACGGUAAGGUAGACAUGGAUUCUGUAAAAAAAGGAUAUGUUCGCAUGGCAAAUGGGCUACAAUACAUUAUCGAAAGAUAUAAAUAUGAUGCAUGUGGGUUGACAUUCCUAUCUACUCACUUCUGGCAACUAGCUAAUGGACGCCAUCGAAUUAUUCCAUCAAUUUAUAAUGGUGCAACUAACUAUCAGCAUGAGUAUUUGGAAUUGAAAGGUACAUUGCUAGAUGUAUUGCAAGAUAAUAAUUUUAUUAAGAAAGAUAGCAUCAGUGCAUUGGAAGCUGCAGAUAACCUUAGGGUUGCUGCUUUAUCACUAGGAUAUGAUGCUAUAGCAAUGGCCAAACUCGUCACCAUAGAUAUUGCUGGUAGUUAUACUGGCGAUAUUGAUAUAUCCCCUCAAGCCAUAAAUGUGAUCGAACGUAAAAUGUGUGAAUUAUCGGUAUCUCUUUCAAUUGGAUGCGAUAUUGAUGGCAAGAUGACUUCUUUUCUAUGGAUGGUAUGCGAGUAUAUGUGGUUGAAAACAGGCAUGAUGUUAUCUUGCUUGCUUGGCACAGUAAAGAUUAUGCACAACGGAAAACAAUCGGAUGAUAAAGUAUAA